AUGGCUCUGUACACUGUCAACUUGGUGGUGGUGGACAGUCCAUUUCUGUCCCAACAUCUCAUUCAGACCAAACACACAGAGAGUCAGAUUAAGGAGGAGUUUGAGAAGCUUCACCAGUUUCUACGAGAUGAAGAGGCAGGCAUGAUCAUUGCACUGAGAGAGGAAGAGGAGCAGAAGAGUCAGAUGAUGAAGGAGAAGAUUGAGAAGCUGAGCAAAGACAUAUCCUCUCUUUCAUACACAAUCAAAGCCAUAGAAGAGGAGAUGAGAGCUGAAGAUGUUUCGUUCUUAGAAAACUACAAGGCCACAGUGAAAAGAGCCCAGAGCACACUGCAGCAUCCAGAGGAGCUUUCAGGAGCACUGAUCCAUGUGGCAAAACAUCUGGCCAACCUGCAGUUCAGAGUCUGGGAGAAGAUGCAGUACACCGUCCAAUACACACCUGUAACUCUGGACCCCAACACUGCUCAUCCUGAACUCAUUGUAUCUGAUGAUCUGAAAAGUGUGAGAUGCAUCAAUGAGAAACAGAAACUUCCUGAUAAUCCAGAGAGAUUUGAUGAAUAUUGGCGUAUCCUGGGAUCUGAGGGCUUUAACUCAGGGACACACUACUGGGAUGUGGAAGUUGGAGACUGUACACGGUGGAGUGUGGGUGGGAUGACAGAAUCUGCUCAGAGGAAGGGGGAGAUAUUCUCCAGAAGUGGAAUCUGGUAUGUGUGGGGUUAUGAUGGUAAAUAUCGCACAGGUUCUACACCAAAUACAGCCACUCAGCUCUCAGUAGGACAGAAACUCCAGAGGAUCAGAGUGAAGCUGGAUUGGGACAGAGGAAAACUGUCAUUCUCCGACCCUCUCAGUAACACACACUUACACACUUUCACACACACAUUUACUGAUAAAUUACUGCCUACACUUAGUGUGUUGAGUUGA